AUGAAGAAGGCCGGCGGACCAGCCGCCGGAGGCAAGAACGGCGCGGGCGGCGCCGGGGGCGGCACCGCGGGCGCCGGAGGCGGCGGGGGCGGCAGCGGAGACAAGGAGGACGCCGAGAAGCGGGACUCGGCCAAAGGGGACCGGCUGUCGACGUCCGGGGACACGGGCUCCUCGGGCAGCGGCGGCAAGCCGGGCUCUGCGACGGCGGGCAUGCGGGAGGCGUCGCUGAAGCUGCUGGCGCUGACGGCGAGGGCAGAGUGGCCGCCGGUGGACCAGGCCGUCAAGGCGCUCGAGAAGCUGGUGGCCGCCGCGGGCGACGACGCCUACCCGCUGCCGCUCGCCGGCCUCAUGGACCCGGUGACGGGAUGGACGCCGCUGAUGUACUCCGUGAAGGAGAACCGCAUGUCCUUCCUGGACCGCAUGAUCGACCUGGGAGCCGACGUGUGCGCCCGCAACGCGGUGAGUACCCAGCCAGCCAGUAAGCAGCAGGCAGCAAGCUCGCCACCCGCAAGUGGACGUCGCUUUGUGUCCUCGUACGCCGUCACUGCAGACUGUCCGAAACUGAACGCGGAGAUUUGGCUGUGGUUCCAGCUUCGAAGAAAAGACGGUUACGAGGCACUGAAGUUGCCAGUUCAGUAA